CAUAACAAACUUUUUAUCAACACAUCAAAUUUUAAAGAAGGGAAAGAAAUGUGAGAUGAGUGAUAAUGAACGAUUAGGUUAACAUCAAACAUUUCUUUCCACUUCUAACCAAUACACGCAAAAGAAAAAGAGAGAACAAAAAUCAAAAUGGCUUCCCAAACCGUGCCAGAAGUUGUGAUCAGAUAUCCAAUGCCACCGUCCUCGGACACUCCUCCUCCUCGUGGAUGGUGGUCACGACCAAUAGUGACUUUGCCGGCACUGCAUGAUCGUGAGGCCACUUGCACGGACUUCACCGCUUUUUUUACACCCUGUUGCGGCGGUAUAUUCACCGUCAUCGCCGUACUCGUUUUUAUCACUCACGUCAUCGAUAAUACUCACUGCGACGCCAAAUUCUCCAUCCAAUCCAUCGCCGUAUCUCCAUCCUCUGCCACAUGGCACGUUGAUUUUCUUGUCAAAAACCCUAGCCCUAGAUAUACUAUCUACUACGGAGGCGAUGAAACCGCGGCGAGGCUCGGUCCCUUAAACGCUGCCGUUUUAAAUGCUUCUCACGAACGUAAGUCUCGAAGUCACACGGCUUUCUCAGUGGAUUUCGCUGCCGAGGGUAAUCCAAACAACGAAUUUUCCAAACAAUUAGAUAUCAAAUUGAGCGCUAAACUAACGAGUUACGGAGAAGAUGAUCCUAGAGCUGGACAUGUUGAUCUUUUUGCCAAUUCCAUCUCCGUCUCAAACGCGAAUGCAAAUGCAAAUGUUUCAGUCGCUGAUUGGACGAUCGGUUUUGCCGCAAGAAGUCCAAUCACUAACUGCAAAAUGUCUUUUCAAACACUCAAGUCUCGUUUGCUCCGUGGCGACCAAGUUAUUUCCAAUUCAUUACCUCCUAUGUCCGAAUAUAUCGGACAAUUUGUGGCCGGAGACAUGGCAAAUGUCGUUUUCGAGAAGGUGGUGAUGCCAGAAGUUAUUGGCGAUGUUAUUUGGGAUUUUCGGGUUGAGGUUAAGUAUGCAAUGCACAUAAAUGCUGGAGAUGUGACCGUUUUAGUAAUGGCGGUCUGUCCCGAUAUUCCGGUUAAAUUCACGACGGAUUCGGCCGGAAAUAUGAUGGGAUCGUUGCUUGGAAAUAUGAGACGGUGUGAUUAUAUAAUCCAGGAUCAGUUGCUUAAUCCUCUCCGAUCAUGAUGAAUCUAGUUAUGAUCUCUAUUUUUUUGGCUUUAGGUUAAUUUUAUUUUUGGCAACAUUAUUUUUUGUUUUACUUUAUUAGUUAGAUUUGAUCAAAUAAGAUAGGAUAUUAAGUAAUUAAGAACAUGGUUAUAAUCUAAUCAUCACAUCCCUUUUCUUUUCUGCCAAAGUUUUAAAUAGUCUAUAAUAAUUUGUUGAUGCUGAGAGUCUGAGAUCCAACAAAGUAUUUUUUGUAGUUAUUUAUCACGAUCGGAGUUCGGCAAUUACAAGACAUGGUUUUACAAUGCCGAGUAUUUUAAAAAAAUCUGUGUGAUCUUGUUUUACAAUUAAGGGUUCUCUUUUGUCUAUAUGUGAAUUUUUCUUUUUGCCUCUCCAAAUCGACGUUGAUCUGUUGGGCUGAACAGAAUAAUGGGCCGAGAUGAUUUAUCUUGUAGUUAGAGACAUCAAUGAUAAACCGCUUCCUUAUGCCGUUUUCAAAACGGUUGCAACGCCUAGCGACCGCGUGGUUUGGGAUCUCGAGGUUGAGGUUGUAUCUAGCGUUAAGAUAGACGGUUGAUCGGCCUGGGCGUUCGGGUAUUCGGUUCGGUUCUAGAACCAAACAUUUCGGUUCCUAGUAUUUUGGUUCUGAGAUUUAGGAACCAUAUUGGAACCAAAUCAAAAUCGGGUCGGUUCUGGUUCGGUUCCUAUUC